AUGAAUUCUGUCUUUGGUUCAAACAUCACAAUAAAUCCUCCUGCUCUCACUGUCAGACAAAACGCAGAGGGGAAAUACAUAUCUCCAUUUCAUGACAUUCCCAUCUACGCAGACGAGGCCGGGAACAUCUUCCAUGCUGUCGUCGAGGUUCCUAGAUGGACAAAUGCAAAGAUGGAGAUCGCGACUAAAGAGCCUCUCAGUCCACUGAAGCAGGACGUGAAGAAAGGGAAUCUGCGUUACAUCAGCAAUGUCUUUCCUCAUACGGGCUACAUCUGGAACUAUGGAGCCAUUCCUCAGCAAUCAUGCUUGCCUUUAGAGCUCCAGGAGUUUCAGCGUUCUGUAAGCGUGUUCUUCACGUGUUUGCAUCAGGUCUGCUCUCGAGGAGAAGUCCUCCGUGUGAAGGUGUUGGGGACUCCGGCUCUGAUCGACGAAGGAGAAACCGACUGGAACGUGAUCGUGAUAAACGUGGAGGACCCCGAGGCUGAAGACUUCAACGAUAUCGAGGACGUCUGCAGACUGAAGCCCGGAUUCCUGCAGGCCACACUCGACUGGUUCCGGAUGUAUAAAGUGCCAGACGGGAAGCCAGAAAACCAGUUUGCCUUCAAUGGUGAAUUUAAGAACAGGGUAAAUAGAGCCGCCGCUUAAAUGAAAGCCAGGAGACGAGAUUUGAGUAAUGACUUCUGCCUGACGGCUAGUAAUGAAGAUGUCUCGAAGGCAAGAGGAUCCAAGCAUGUCAUUUUCAAAAUUGCUUUCUCAAGAGAUGAUCGUGUCACUGAUUAAAUUACUAGACAUUCUCACAGAUCUGAGAUCAGCGGUGCGCCUCGCUCCUCCAAACUUUUCAAAACUACGAGCUGCUAAACAUUCAGAAGCUCGUCUC